CACCUUCGGCUCUCCGCUAAUCAGCGUCACUUUCUUCAGGUGUGUUAACUUUCGGACGCGGCCAGGAAACGCCUGAGGCCGGCAGGUGAUUUGAUAACCCGUUUCCUCGUUUCUUUUUUUUAUUCGGCUACUCAGACGCCGUGUCGCCACCGCAAAAGCAGGGCGAAAGGGAGAACCCGAGCUUAGGGGACGACCGCAAAAACUCUGGCCGUCAGACCCGAGCUCCAGCGAGGCCCGAGUGCGUGACAGCGACCCAAUGAUGGUGCAGUGUGGGGCGGGGGAGGACAUCAGUCGGCGGUGACUUUUAAAUGGGCGAGUUCUGAUUAGGGCGUCUGAGGCUGCAUGAGGAGCAUCUUCGUCACGUCGUCAUCAGGCCUCCGUCCCGCUCGCGUGCGUUGACCCGUCGCUGCCGCCUGCUGAAGGCUCAGCAUCCCCCAUCUCUGCAGCUUCUCUCGCUCGCUCCUCCGUCCUGCUGUCCACCAGUCAUGGAUCCCUGCGGUUUCGGGAACCGGAACGCUCCCCCGCGCGAUGCCGCUGCUGCCGGCCCUCCGAGUCUGCCUCCAUAUUCAGCCCCUGGCCCCUAUGAUAAUUCCCAUAAUCCGCCUUUCUCCGGUUUACCAUGCCCUCCAGUCAUGCAGACAGAUCACAGCUCCCUGACAGUCCCGAGCCAUAGCUCUCCUCCCCUUCAGGCCUCGUCAGACCAAGAUGGAGGUCAAAACCCGAUCCUGUCCCCGAACUCGGACUGCUCCGCCUUGCCACUUCCAGCCCCAGAUCCAGGCUUCGGCCUCGCAUCCAGGCCUCUGUCUAGCCUAGCUCCGGUCUCGCCUCGAGCCCAGACUCCAUCUCCAAACCCUUACCUCGCCCCCGCCACCCCCCUGUCCCGCCAGGUCUCCGUCGUCAUCCCGUCCCCGGACCUCCGCCCCUCUCCUCUCCCGUCUCCGCGCUCCGACGACACCUGCCCGGACCUGGAGUGCGCCAUCUGCUUCAGCGAGUUCAACAACAUCUUCCGCUGUCCCAAGAUGCUUCGCUGCGGGCACACGUUCUGCCUGGAGUGCCUGGCGCGCAUCAACGUCAAGUCGGCCGAGCCCAGCGCCAUCCAGUGCCCGCUGUGCCGCAGCCUGACGCCGUUGCCCACCCUCGGCCUGCCCAAACUGACCACGGACUCGGACGUGCUGUCCUACCUGCCGGCCGCCAUGCAGAGGGUCUACAGCAUCCGCUUCCAACGCAACAGAGGGAAGCUGGAGGUCAAAAGGUCAUCUGAAAGUCGUGGGCAGUGGACUCAGAGGUCGCUGACAUCUCUGAGGUCCGCCAACCGCUCCCUGGACGUGGGGCUUCCCAGCCCGCCUCUCAGGGGCCGCGGCGAGGCGGAGGGUGUGGGCGGCGCUCUGUUCAGACUGACGGGCCAGCCGGCGUGCCGAGCCUUCCUCCUGACGUCUGUGGUGAUGAUGAUGGUGCUGCUGACCGGCAUCAUCAUCUUCCUCUUCACCUUCAAAAAAGACUCGGACUGACCGUGAGUGACAUCGCAUUACAUCACAUCCUGUUUUCCUCCGAUGAAACUGCUUUUAUUUCUGUGAUCGGAAAAACGCACAAUGGUGAAAUUCCACCGUCUCGAGGGAAUUCUGUGAGUGGACCCGGUUAAUGAGCAACAUCUGUUUCAAUGCUGUGGUUAAAAGAUGAAAACACAUCCAGAUGUGCAAUAAAAACCAUCGUUCAGCCUGUUGUGCAACAAGCAACUUUCAGCUCACCGAUCACAUCCAAAGCCGAGACUCCGAGGAAGAGCUGAGAAUCAGCUGACAUCAGAGCUGAGCACGUACCUAAGAAACCGAGAAGCAGUGGGCUCCAAUCUGCCUCUUAGCUUUUCACUUGUGCCCAAAGUUUCAAACAAGCAUCAAGCUGUCCUUUCAAAGAGAGAGAGAAAUAAACACACACACACACACACACACUGCAAAAUGGCCGACAGGUAUCGGCACAGGUGGGAAAUUACCUCGGAAGUCUGACAGGCAGCGGACGUAGUCUGCCCCUCAGCACUUUCACCGAACUUGCCAAAAGCUUCAGUUGUUCCCCUCGGGUUCGGUAAAAACUUCACACGAUCACCAGGUCUCGGGCUACAAACUGGCGGUCAGGGUCUCUGGUGGCUUCGGGAUGGGAGACUCCGGUGAAACGCAACGUGUAGCUGUGAUUUUAGACCUGAAAUGAGGCCUGUGACCGGCCGGUAACUUUCGGCUCCUCACCUCACUCUGAACACGAUUACAUAAACCUGUCAGCAGGGGGCGUCUUCCUCUUCCUCGUCCUCCUGUUCUCCUGCUGUAACCUGUCCUGGCGGCUUCCAGCUCUGUGAAAACACUGAACGUUCAUGUUGGCUUCUGCGUGUGUGUGUGUCCCGUCUUUAAACGUGACCGUCGUUUACGGCAGAGUCUGUUUCCUCCUGCUGGAGCGGCAGCUCUGCCCGCGCUCUUAACCAAAUGCUGCAAACGGGAGCCAUGCAAAUGACGCAGGCCCCAGUCCGAGUCCGAGUCCGAGUCCAGCAGUUUGACACGGGGCUCAGGCUUUAAUAUAGGGUCGUUGUUUUGACGCAUGAACCGCGGUUGAAAACUGUAAAGGAUUAGUUCACCCAAAUUACAAAAAGAAGUUUCCCACCUAGGUGUCUCUCCACGCAGAUGGUUUUUGUGGUGUUAGUUCAGGUUUUCAGGCCUCCUGCCUCAGUACAAUGGAGGUGACUGGAAUAUGGUUUGAGGCGUCAGAAAGACGUCAGUCCUUCUGAGAGCUCUCGGCAGGGAUUUUUGUUGGUUAUCCAGAGACAUUCUUUAUGCAAAGACGUGAUGCCAUCUUAAAGACCAUUAACUAAAUUCCAUUCUCCCCCACCUGGACAAAUCAAGCCUAAACCGUCUUCCUGGUUACACACCACAAGGUGAGUCGACCUUUUAAAGGAGCAAAGGCUUGUCUGUGGUUGAAAUCCCGAGGCAGUGAAGUACCUGGAACGAACUCUCAAAGUCAGAACUUUGUGUGUGUGUGUGUGCGGUUUGGGGAGCAUUCGGCCCGUCAGCUCGUCUGCUACACCCUGUGGGACGGUCCCUGAGGUGCUGCACAGCGGGACUCUGUGUCUAGUCCAGCUGAGUCCUGUUGGGUUACAAACGUGGUCAUGUUUCAGACCAACCAAGACAUCGGAGUGACCAGUUUUCCAUUGAAGAGAUCAUGAUGGGUUGUUUUUUUUUUCUGGAGAACGACAAGCAAAACUUUAUCAAAAAAAACACUUUGACUUAAGUUACAAAUAUUGAUGUGAUGAUUCAAGAGGGAAAAUAGAUUUUAUUUCAGUGUAUUCCUGCUGUUAUUGAUUUCACCACUCAGGUUUUUAUGUUGUGUGUACUGUGUGUUUUAAGGCUCAGACCUGUUUUACUGUGCAAUGUAAAAUAAAUGGUUUUAUAUAUUUUUAUGUAACUGUUUUAGCGAAGGUUGCACGAUCACCAUGUUUGCCUCAUGUUAAACUUGAAUAAAUUCCUUUUCGAACUUA